CGGAUGUGAAUGGAUUACAAUGUAUCUUUCAGGGAAACCUAUUAUUAUCAAUGUGACUCCACGGGGGAGUCAAUGGUGAUGAUGAUGAUGAGGAGGAGGAUGAUGAUGAGACACCUCUAAACUUGGAACAAGUUUAAGACUUUAUAAGAGGAGAAGAAAAAAAAACCAACCAACAAGAUUUGUUUGAGGAACAAUUAUAACUAUCCUGUGUUGAUAUUUUUUAUAAACAAUAAGAAAAAGUUGUUGGAUUUUUUUAAUGAUUUCUUUUUUGGGGGAGGGAAUUUUGUUGCAGUUUUAUGGUGGAAAAUGCAAAAACCAGACCCAUGUGCAUAAUCUUGUAAUCUGUGGAUCUCCCUGGCGCAGGACUGAGUACCACUUUAAAUACUUUUUUGGGGGAUACAUAUUAUGAGAUAUUAAGUACUUGCAGAAGAUUUUUUUUGUCUCUUUUUAAAGUCUCUUUCCUUGGAAUAUUGUGAGAAUAUUUGUGGCCAUUUAAGGUUUGUGUGAUUUUGCUAAAAUGCAUCACCAACAGCGAAUGGCUGCCUUAGGGACGGACAAAGAGCUGAGUGAUUUACUGGAUUUCAGUGCGAUGUUUUCACCUCCUGUGAGCAGUGGGAAAAAUGGACCAACUUCUUUGGCGAGUGGACAUUUUACUGGCUCAAAUGUAGAAGACAGAAGUAGCUCAGGGUCCUGGGGGAAUGGAGGACAUCCAAGCCCAUCCAGGAACUAUGGAGAUGGGACUCCCUAUGACCACAUGACCAGCAGGGACCUUGGGUCACAUGACAAUCUCUCUCCACCUUUUGUCAAUUCCAGAAUACAAAGUAAAACAGAAAGAAGCUCAUACUCAUCUUAUGGAAGAGAAUCAAACCUACAGGGUUGUCACCAGCAGAGUCUCCUUGGAGGGGACAUGGAUAUGGGCAAUCCAGGAACCCUUUCGCCCACCAAACCUGGCUCCCAGUACUAUCAGUAUUCUAGCAAUAACCCCCGACGGAGGCCUCUUCACAGUAGCGCCAUGGAGGUGCAGACAAAGAAAGUUCGAAAAGUUCCUCCAGGUUUGCCAUCUUCAGUCUAUGCUCCUUCAGCAAGCACUGCCGACUACAAUAGGGACUCGCCAGGCUACCCCUCCUCAAAACCAGCAGCCAGCACUUUCCCUAGCUCCUUCUUCAUGCAAGAUGGUCAUCACAGCAGUGACCCUUGGAGCUCCUCCAGUGGAAUGAAUCAGCCUGGCUACGGAGGAAUGUUGGGCAAUUCUUCUCAUAUUCCACAGUCCAGCAGCUACUGUAGCCUGCAUCCACAUGAACGUUUGAGCUACCCAUCACACUCCUCAGCAGACAUCAAUUCCAGUCUUCCUCCGAUGUCCACUUUCCAUCGUAGUGGCACAAACCACUACAGCACCUCCUCCUGUACGCCUCCAGCCAACGGGACAGACAGUAUAAUGGCAAAUAGAGGAAGCGGGGCAGCAGGCAGCUCCCAGACUGGAGAUGCUCUGGGGAAAGCACUUGCUUCGAUCUAUUCUCCAGAUCACACUAACAACAGCUUUUCAUCAAACCCUUCAACUCCUGUUGGCUCUCCCCCUUCUCUUUCAGCAGGCACAGCUGUUUGGUCAAGAAACGGAGGACAGGCCUCAUCUUCUCCCAACUACGAAGGACCCUUACACUCCUUGCAAAGCCGAAUUGAAGAUCGUUUGGAAAGACUGGAUGAUGCAAUUCACGUUCUCCGGAAUCAUGCGGUGGGCCCGUCCACAGCCGUGCCUGGUGGGCACGGAGACAUGCAUGGGAUCAUCGGACCCUCUCAUAAUGGAGCGAUGGGUGGCCUGGGCUCAGGGUAUGGAACCGGUCUUCUUUCAGCCAACAGACAUUCACUCAUGGUUGGGGCCCAUCGUGAAGAUGGCGUGGCCCUGAGAGGCAGCCAUUCUCUCCUGCCAAACCAGGUUCCGGUUCCACAGCUUCCUGUCCAGUCUGCAACCUCCCCUGAUUUGAACCCUCCCCAGGACCCAUACAGAGGCAUGCCACCAGGACUACAGGGGCAGAGUGUCUCCUCUGGCAGCUCUGAAAUCAAGUCCGAUGAUGAGGGCGAUGAGAACCUGCAAGACACGAAAUCUUCCGAGGACAAGAAAUUAGAUGACGACAAGAAGGAUAUCAAAUCAAUUACUAGGUCAAGAUCUAGCAAUAACGAUGAUGAGGACCUGACCCCGGAGCAGAAGGCUGAGCGGGAGAAGGAGCGAAGGAUGGCUAACAACGCCCGUGAACGCCUGCGGGUCCGAGACAUCAAUGAGGCUUUCAAGGAGCUCGGGCGCAUGGUGCAGCUCCACCUCAAGAGCGACAAGCCCCAGACCAAGCUCCUGAUCCUCCACCAGGCCGUGGCCGUCAUCCUCAGCUUGGAGCAGCAAGUCCGAGAAAGAAACCUGAAUCCGAAAGCAGCCUGUCUAAAGAGAAGGGAGGAAGAAAAGGUGUCCUCAGAGCCUCCGCCCCUCUCCUUGGCUGGCCCACACCCUGGAAUGGGAGACACAUCAAAUCACAUGGGACAGAUGUGAAAGGGUCCAAGUUGCCACAUUGCUUCAUUAAAACAAGAGACCACUUCCUUAACAGCUGUAUUAUCUUAAACCCACAUAAACACUUCUCCUUAACCCCCUUUUUUGUAAUAUAAGACAAGUCUGAGUAGUUAUGAAUCGCAGACGCAAGAGGUUUCAGCAUUCCCAAUUAUCAAAAAACAGAAAAACACACAAAAAAAAGAAAGAAAAAAGUGCAACUUGAGGGACGACUUUCUUUAACAUAUCAUUCAGAAUGUGCAAAGCAGUAUGUACAGGCUGAGACGCAGCCCAGAGACUGAAUGGCAAUCUCUCCACACUGUGGAACAAUGCAUUUGUGCCUAAACUUCUUUUGGAAAAAAAAAAAUAUAAUUAAUUUGUAAGUCUGAAAAAAAUAUUUAAUUUAAAAAAUUGUAAACUUGCAAUAAUGAAAAAGUGUACUUCUGAAGAAAACUACAUGAACGUUUUUGUUGGUAUUCAAGUCAGCUAGUGUUUAUAAUUACUGGAUAUUGAAUAGGGGAAGCUCGGCUGCCCUAAUAACAAAACCAGCAAACGUCCUGACGACAACGAAGUGAUGACAUUAGCCAUUCCUUAGGGUAGGAGGAACAGAUGGAUCUUAUAGACCUAUGACAAAUAUAUAUAUAAAUAUAUAUAUAAAUAUAUAUUAAAAAUUUAGUGACUAUGGUAAGCUUUUGUUCAUUUGUUUCAGACUUUUUUCUCCUGUAAAAAAAUAGUACUGAUUAACUUUUUUAAAAGAAAGAUUUUACUGUAAAUACGAAUUUUUUCCUUUUUUUUUUUUUUUUUUUUUCUUCCUUUUCUCUCUUUUUCUUUUUUUGGUUUUGUUCUUUGUUGCUGUUGGUUUUUUGGGGAAUUUUUUUUUUUUUUUGGUCUUAUUUCUGUCCCCCUCUCUGGUUUGUUAUCAUAACCUGUAGUGCCAACUCUGCUUCUGGAGGGGCACAGUGCAGGAUGAAAUGCUGACCCUGAAGUUGCUUCUCAUUCAUAAAUAAGUAGAAAGUUGUUUCUCCAGUCUUUUGGGAACACCGGACUUAAAAGUCACAUCGUGUGUAGAUAUUACAAGCACCAUUACCAAGACAUGGCAACAAGAGUUUGUCUGACUUGUAGUGUUGCAUUUGUGACCCUAUUCUGGGAUUUUCAGAGGUACAAGGUUAGAAUGCUACAAUGUUACCACUGUGCCUUCCAAUGUUUAUAUCAUCGGAAACAUAACAUAAUCAAAGUGGCUGUGAUUUAACAAAACGAUUAAAGUGUUACCUACCUGUGUAGCCGAAGUAGUGUGCAGUGAGGCGUUUCUGAAUACAUGGUCAGAUUUUUGGAAAAAAACAAAAACAAAAAAAACAAAGUUCAAAAACUGUCAAAUGAGAAAAUUGCAAGUAGUGUGACAGAGCUGAUUGAUUUUGUUGCUUUCUUAAUUUUUUUUUUCAAAAUGGGUUUACUAAAAAGUAGAUGACUUAACCUGCCUCCUCCUUCGUCUGAAAAAUGCCAAUAUUCAGUCAUCAUGCAGCAUUAUAACAAGCCUUAUAAGUCCUAAAGCAUUAAGUUGCACUUUUUUGAGGAGGGGUAGUGCAGUAUUUCUCUGGCCAGUAUGAAUGAAGUUUAUACUUACCAUAUUUGAUAGAAACAUAGAUCAAGCUAUGGCACAGCAACUCAUCAGAUAGCUAGCUUUGACGUCUGGGCACAAUUGAACCAAUUUCCAUCAUAAAUCUUUAUAAUGAUUGACUUUGGUGUAUAGUGCAGUAAACAGAUAGUGCUCCUAGUUAAGUAUUUGUCAGCACCCUUUUGUCUCUAACUCGUUUCUAUUUUUACAGCCACACAAUCUUGGCAUGUAUUAAGAAAAAACAAUCCCUGUUCAAGUAGUUUUUCCACCUAUCAGCACUGAGUAAAUGCCAUAAAUCCAUCAAAAUGGUCUAAAUGUUCCAUCUGUUCUCCUGUUUUGCCAGUUAUAUAGUAAUGAAAUACAUUUGUAAAUUUUAUGCAACAAAUGGCAAACGUAUCAUUAUUUUGAAAUUGUGUAUGUAAAAGUUAUAUUUUUACAUGUAGACUCUUGUUAUUAUGUGUUUUAAUACAUUGUAUCAGUUUUUGUUUUUCUAAACUGUGUGGUUUAAAAGAAGUCUCAUUUAAAUGAAAUAGUGAGCUACAAGAAUCUGAAUUUUAUGUUCCUUUCUGAAAAUGUAAGAACAAAUAAGAUAGUUAUCACGUGGUCAUCUUUUACAAACCCAUGAACAUUUUGAUUAGCUGUGUGUGUGUGUUGAAAACUGUAAAUAUGUUCAGUAGCGAUAAAACUAAAAAAAAAAACCUUUGAUUUGUUAAUAAGUUUCUAAAAUGUGGAGGUGGAUUACAACCUUAGGAGAAGAGCAGAAAUCAAACUUCCUGAAAAGUUAUAUGGGGGCUUUCCUGUGACAUGUACGAACAAAGGGUCUCAAAGAAGGGCAUGGAAGACAAUGUAUACUCUCCCCUCCUCCCUGAAUAAUGGAAACCAUGUGUACUUGUUCCCUCAGUAUGUUAAAGAUUUCCUUUUAGUGGUACAUUCUGCACUCAUUUUGUAUAGUCUACCAAGGCGGGUAUCCCUAGGAACAAUAUUAUAUAGGAAGCAGGUAUACUCUGAUCACAUUCAGGAUAAGUGUACAGAAGAAGUAUGGUGUUUACUCUUUAGGGAACUGGAAACACUCCCUGCGUUGAUGUACAUUUUAAGAAUGGCACUUUUGAUACGUGUUAUCAUAAAGGUGCUUAAUAGAGCUGAAUUAAAGUUUUCAAACCUGUAAACAAAGCAAAAAAUUAAAUUGUAGUCAUUUGGUUAUUUUUUAAAUUGGUGCUUUAUAUUUUGUUCUCACUCAAACAGAGUAAAAGCUGCAAUUUCUUGUUCACCAGCUUUGAUGUAUUCAUUACUUAGUAAUGUAAUACCUCUAUUGUUGAAUUCCCCUUGGACUUAAGUGAAAACUUCCUAAGGGCCACCAGAAACUGCUUGCUGCUUGUUUGCUUGGUGGAGAAACACGAUCUGCACCUAUCUGUAUUUUUAUUGGGUUGUAUCCCCAGUAAAAAAAGAAGAAGGAGGAGGAAAAGAAGAAGAAAGGGAAUGUGGCCUUGUAGUGUGUUUUUUCUUGUUGUUUUAUAAUUUUCAAACCCAGGUAAGAUAUUGGUAUCCUGCACUGGACUUUUGAAUUUAAAUUAGCAAAGACAGGAUUAAAGUGCUAUACAGAAAUUUCAUAAGGGUCCAUGCUCAUAUAUAUAUGUAUAUAUAUAUAUAUAUAUACAUAUAUAUAUGUAUGUAUAUGUAGUGGAUCAUAAAUACGAUAUAUAUAUAUAAUAGGUAGAUAGAUAUAUCGUAUAUAUGAUACUACUUAGGCUGGGGAUCGGUUUAAGAAACUUGGACUUUGAAAGCAACAUGGAACAGUUGAUCCACCUCCACAUUCAAGUAAUUUAUGAAUAUGCAGAAUAGGGAUCUGUUCAUCUAGAAAUUUUUACCAUUUGUCUUCUGUGUAGCUGCAAGGAACACUAAUGUUUAUACAACUGUCAGUCCACCCAGUGGUGCAACUGGUUCUGAUUCAGUCUUCCGAUUCCUUUUUUGUUUUUCACUUUUUCCUAUUGAAUUUUUUUUUAUUCAUAAUCUUUAUUUUGUUGAGGGGUUGGGGAGUGGGGAGGGAGCUGAACUGAGACUGGGGGUUAAGAGGAUUUUCGUCUUUGCAUCCAACAGGCAGAAUAUGAUCUGUGUCCAAAAGUGAACUUGAGUCAGGAGUGAAACCAUUUCAGCAUAAAUGAGCACAAAAAUUUAGUCUGCUGGCUGACUGGAAGCAAAAAAAGUCAAGAUGGAAUAUGAUGAAUUCCAACACAAUGGGGCACCAAGGCCUUUAGGCCUCUCUUUAUUUUGCUUUGGUUUUGUUUGUUUUUCUUUAGAGACACGCUCUUUCUCAUGGGACUUGAAGUGGACUCAUCUUUGUGCAGUGCUGGUUUUGCCAUACUCAUUUCAAGUAUUAUAGACAUAUGUAAUGGUGAAAAUAUAUGAACUGUGGCCUUUUUCAUUCUUGUUACUUGUGAUGCAAUUAAGUGAAGAUAAGAAAAAAAGCAGAGAUUUACCAUGUAUCAGUGCCUGGCUUUUUGUUAUAAAGCUUUGUUUGUCUAGUGCUCUUUUUGCUAUAAAAUAGACUGUAGUACACCCUAGUAGGAAAAAAAACCCUAAAUUUAAAAAUAAAAAAUAUAUUUGGCUUAUUUUUCGCAGGAGCAAUCCUUUUAUACCAUGAAUAUUACAAAAAAAAAUUGUCAGAUUCUGAAUAUUUCUUCUUUGUAGAUUUUUGGAAUCAUUAUGAGUAAAAGUUUGUUACUUUAUUUUACUAUUUAAAAGAUGUUAUUUUGCCAUGUGUUACCAAGAUGAAACUGUAUGGUAGCUUUUUUGUUUGUUUUGUUUUCGUUUUUGUUUUUGUUUUGUUUUUAGUUGUAGGUCGCAGCGGGGAAAUUUUUUGCGACUGUACACAUAGCUGCAGCAUUAAAAACUAAAAAAAAAAUUGUUAAAAAAAGAAAAAAAGGGAAAACAUUUCAAAAAAAAAAAAAAAGAUAAACAGUUACACCUUGUUUUCAAUGUGUGGCUGAGUGCCUCGAUUUUUUCAUGUUUUUGGUGUAUUUCUGAUUUGUAGAAGUGUCCAAACAGGUUGUGUGCUGGAGUUUCCUUCGAGACAAAAACAAACCCAGCUUGGUCUAGGCCACUACCUGUUUCCAUCUGUAGUAUUCAAUGAAGUCAUGUACAUGACCGUUCUGUAGCAAUAAAUGUGCCAUUUUUAUAAA